GGUUCCACGAGCACCACGUGGGUGCUCUUCCUCUAUUGUCUGACACGGUGCCGCCGCGUCCCUUCGCUCAGCUGCGGUGUUUCUGUCGAGCAGUCGCCGUUUCAUUUCUUCUUCCUUUUCUUCGCUCUUCUGCGCCGAACCCCCAUUCUGUAUUUCUUCUGCUUGCUGACGCUGCUUUGCCCUCUGCGCGAUGCUUCGACGCGUUGCGCUUCUGUUGAACGACAUCUCCUCCGUGAGCGGCGGCCCGGUGAUGGGGCUCGGAAGCGGGAUGAAAGGCGGCCCUCACCUGAUUCAGCCCUCGCUCGUCGACGCGGAGAUCGAUGCGGCGGCCCUGCAGGUGAAGAUGUCCAGCCUGCUCGCCCAGGAGCUGGCACCGACGCAGCGGGAAACCGUCGAGCCGCCGCUGAAGCGAGCGUGGGUGCGCGCGCCCAUGUCGGAGCUCUCCACGAGCGUGUCGCGCCGCGACUGGUUCCGCGUGUUGAGCUUCAACGCGAUGACGGACGCGUGGGGGCCCGGGAGGACGACCCCGGUGGAGGCGGUGCGGGUACGGGUGCCGGAGUUUACUCGCCCCGGUGCCGACGACGGCGGAGGCGAGGGCUUCUACGACUACGACCCGAAUAGCACCGAGAUGGAGCUGCCGCCAUUUCUGGCGCCGACGUUUCGCCGCAAGCACCUCGUCACGCUGCUGCAGCACUACGACCCCGACAUCGUCUGCUUGAACGAGGUGAACCGCACCUUCUUCAAUACGGAGAUGUGGAAGUACGUCCGCUUCUUGGGCUACGGCACGCUGUACCAGUCCAGCCGUGGUGCCCGCGUACGCGCGUUGCGGCGUGGGGACGUCGCCGCGGCGAAGUCGAAUCAGGGCAAGAUAGCAGAGCACGAGGAUAUCGGCAACGUUCUUUUCUUUCACAAAGGCCGCUUCUUCCCGCUGAUGAUGCCCGGGCGUGACCUUCAUCGCCACUUCCACUUCGCCCACUUUGCAGGCAUGCGUGACAAGGUAACCAACAUGACGCUCUACGUCGCGUGCGUGCAGCUGACGGCUGGAGACUCCGUCGAGGCGGUACGCGUCCGCCAGCAUGAGGCACGGCAGGUGCUGACGUUGCUGGAGGCGAUGACCCGCAACGACGCGGACCGCUCCCACAUGACGUGCAUUAUAUGCGGCGACCUGAACAACCAAGCGGACGACGAGCCCUGCGUGGCGCUCUUGCGCGAUAAGUUCUUCUCCGCACACGACUUGAUUGGCGGCCCCCGCUGGACGGCGUGGCAUCACCGCGACGCGACACGUGCAAGGGACUACGAGAAGUACUUCCAGAAGAAUUUGCUUGAGAUGCACCGCUUCGACGGCGAGUACAGCGCCGAGGAAGAGCUACACCGUUUUCAGCGUCGUGACACCGGCUACCACGGCAAGUCGUCGGGGGUGCAGCUGGUGCGCGACGAGAUCAAACGCCGCGGGAGCCAACACGCUCCUGCGACGUCCUCGUCUUCUUCCGGCGCAACGGACAACGCGGCCGCGCCUCCGAUUUCGAGCAGCAGCGCCACCUCGGCAGUGGAAGGCGGAGCAGAGCAGCAGGCGGACCCGGCUCCGGGCGCGCCUUCUUCAUCGGCCUCGACCGAUCAGCUAGCCCUGGUGAAGGAGCUGCGGAAGGCGAAGGGAGUCACGUUUAACACGCAGGACUUCAUCUUCUACGACCCUAAGUCGCUGGCGCUGCACCAGGUACUCGACGUACCGGAGGAUGAUGAGAUCGAUGAGGACCAACUCUUUCCGAAUCACAAGCUGCCCUCGCAUCAUCUCCCGCUUAUCAUCGACGUUUCAUGGAAUGAUACGUUCCCUGAGGUCCUGGCAACGUCGCUGAAGGAGUGA